AUGGAAUGCAAAGAUGCGGAUGCAGAAAUUGCUAAAGUUCGAUGGGAUUUGAUAAAUUCUGAAACUGACAAAGCUCAACUCUCCACACCUGGAGAUAAUGUCAAUGAACAAUAUGAUGGUGUAGUGACGUUAUUAAGAGAAACCACUUUAUUAAACGACCUUGAGAAAAAUAAAGCGAUAGAAAAUUUUACCUUCAUAAAAGAUCGUGAGAAUCUCAUUCGGCUUCAAAAACCUACCCGCACAUGCGAAAAAUGUCGAAGACCCCAAUACGCAAUUCUAUUUUGCGAUCAGUGUGCGCGAGAACUUCUUGAAAAAAAUUUCGAAAAUUGGACGUCAGAAAAUAAAAUCAUCGACCAAGCAAUCCGGCAAUCACAAAUAAACCUCCCGUUGCCAAGAUAUUUAAUUGAAUGGAUACCGUUCGACGAUCUUGAUGAUAUUAAAUAUAAAGCAAGUGGUGGAUGCGCAGUUAUUUAUACCGCUAUUUGGAAGAAAGGAGUCGCAUUAUCAUUUGACAAUGAAAAAAAAGAGUUUGUUAGAAGCAAUGAAGGUGUCGUGGCCCUUAAAAAAUUAUUAAAUAGUCAACAUGCGGACGAAAAAUUCCUUGAGGAGUUAAAGGUUCAUAUUUUACUUGGUUCAAGAGGUUACACCGUUGCUACUUGUUACGGUGUAACAAAAGACCCUUCUACUGGUGAAUAUAUCCUG